AUGGAAGAUAAAAAGGAUGAAGCGAGGAUUCAACAGGAGGAAAGUGACGCAAUACUUGCACGUCACCUUCAAGAGGAAUUUGAUAAGUUGAACGAGGCGAAUGCUAUGCAUAACGUGGAAAGUAACAAUACAGCACAGUGCAGCGAAUCACCACAAAAAUCUUUGAGUAACGAAGUUUUAACGGUACCAUGCCCAGAGUGCACAUUUAAUAAUAAUAUAUCGAAUCCAGUUUCUGGUAAACAUUAUGCGUGUGAGCAAUGCUAUACUCAGCUUCUUGUUCCAAAUUCUUCCUCGAAAGAGCAAGAGCCUCCCCAGAUAAUCGAAUGUUCUGUCUGUCAUGUAAAAAAUAUCAUACCAUCAAAGAAGGUCGAUGCACUUCUUUGUGGCGCUUGCUAUCAACAACUUGCUGAUCCAACUACCGCAAUUAGUGAAGAUUCUACAAAAGAAAAACGAUCAGUUCAAAUCAGAUGUGGUCAAUGCAGUGCUAUAAAUUUAGUUCAAGUGGCUUCGAAUGCGAAUGUUAUCCAGUUUGAAUGUGGUGGUUGUCAAUCAAUUAAUGAAGUUUCACUAUCCUGA